CCUCGUUCUUGAACAGCUCAAGUAUCAUGUGCAAUCAACGCAAUUAUUAUGCCGCCACGCGCCCUGUUCCAACCGCGCACAACCGCAAUACUCGCCUUUUUACGUUUACUGAAAAGUCGGUCCCUCCUGCUCUUGCCGGUCCUAGUCAAUCAAGCGCCCUGACCCAUUUACAAGCAACAGACCCUAGUCGAGAUUGGGACGGCUUGAAAGACGCCAUGACCGAAUACAAGGCUUUGAACCGCUUGAAGGCGCAGCAUGAAACGCAAUUGAUGGCCGGUUUCAAGGAUAAUAUUGAACGUGAUUGCCAAAGAAUCAAGACAUCUCUUCACGAUAUUAGAAAUACUGUGGCCGAUGUUGAAAAUCAUAUGGACCAUUUGAAUGCUCAAACAGAAGCUCUCAUGAAUAAUAUGAUUGAUACAAUUGAAGAAUAAGUUGCGGCCUGAAGUCUACAUGACGUACAGUUAUGUAUGAGGUGUGAAUAUGGAAGAACGGAU